AUGUCCAGCAGACAGUUGCGGAAGCUACAGCAGCAACGGGAACUGGAGCAAGCGCAACUACAUCCCCAGGCAGAGGAGCAAUCUGAGGACGAGCCAGUGGCACCCGUGAAGACGAAACCUGGAUUUUCGUUUGCAGAUCUCGCAGACCUUGAAAACGAGGAGGAAGAGGAGGAGGAAGAAGCGGGCCAGGACAGUGUCACGGAGGAACCAACUGCGACAGCCAACCCCCCUUCGUCGAAGAAGCCCAAGAAGGCAAAGAAAAAGAAGAAGGCAAAGAAGGCAAAGGGGUUCGAUGCGGAGAAGGAUGAGCCUAGGGAUGGGAAUGGGAAGGGGAAUUGGGCCGGCGGGACAGACGAUAUCGAUGCUGCGUUGCGCGAGUUGGCGCUCAAGAGCCCACCCGGGCACGUCGACACGAGAUUGACGGUUGACCCGGAGUACGAAAGGGUGUGUUCGCUGCUAGGGAUCAACUCGCAGCACCUGAAGGUUGCGAAUGAGAUGAGGAAUCUGUUCGGCAAGGCUGCCGUCGAAGUGAUGGACGAGCCCGGUGGUCCUGCUGGACGAGGAGGGAGAAGGUCGAGACAGCGGGCCCAGAACCAGCAGGUCGAUCUGGAGACGGCCUUGAAAGGCCAUCACCUGCCAGGCAAGGGCCUUUCGGAGCUGACCUUACGACGAAACAUCUUCAUUCAGGGGAAGGAUGACUGGCCAAGAGCGACUACUGGAGGCCUGACAAUGGCUGUGGUAGAUGAUACGACAGAUGAUGGAACGGUCGAGUUUCGCUACGUCCAUGAUCAGGCCUAUCAGAGUCUACAGCAGACCUUCUUUGGUUUUGUAGAAAUGGGGGAUCCCCAGAACCUGAUUGCGCUUCUGACGAGGAAUCCUUACCACAUCUCCCUGCUCAUACAAGUAAGUAAAAUUGCCAAGGACCAGACAGACCACGCGUUAUCAGCAGACCUCCUCGAACGCGCUCUUUUCUCCUUCGGACGAGCAUCGACAUCUCUGUUCAGCACCAAGCUAUCCCAAGGAAAGGCUCGACUUGAUUUCGCUCGACCCGAGAACAGGGAACUGUGGUUGGCGGCAUAUCAAUAUAUCAAGUCACUGCUCAUGAAGGGAACUUAUCGGACAGCACUGGAAUGGGCAAAGCUGAUCCUCAGUCUGGAUCCAGAAGAAGAUCCAUAUUGCAUGCGGCUGCUCAUCCAUCAACUCUCCCUCAAAGCUCAGGAGUUCAAGUGGCUGCUAGACGUCUCCCAGAGUGAGAUGUCCGAGAUUUGGGCACCAUCAUACCUGGGGAAAUGUCUUGCGGCAUCGCACACCACACCUUCUGUCGCAUUUGCGGCCCUACAACUAAAGGAGGGCACACAAUGCCGAAAGCUGCUUGCCGACUCGAUGCAGAAGCUUCCCUGGCUGUUCACUCACCUCUUUAAAGAGCUCGGCCUUGAUGCACCACCCAGCAUAUGGGGCGCCAUCCCACGAACCGAGGCGGAAUCCCUCUUUACGGAAAUGUAUGUCCUCCAAACGAAAGACCUGUGGAACACGCCGGAAGCUACGGCCCUGCUUGUGGAAAUAGCCUACACGAUCUCAAAAUUGGACGUGGAUUCAAUCCCGAAGCUUGAUGAUUCCCACAUGACGUUGGAUGUCGUGCGCUUCGUCUACUUAGACAACACCCCUGCCCUCAUGGCUCUUGCACCAAGUCACUUACUCCAUAGAAGCAACAAUUCCGACUCUGACCCGUUGCCACCAGAUAUCAACGUGUAUUCAUAUGAGCAUCAACGGGCCGCAAUCGAAGGCCGAGACCGAGGCGCGCCAGGAGACGCUUUUGGCAAUUUCCUUAACCCGUUUGCAGCCAUGCGGGGACUGCUGCCCGUUCUGCGGCCCGGCGCGGACGAUGACGAUGACGAAGUUCUGAGGGACCCUGAGGUUGUGGAAUUUCUACGGAGAGAAAUGGAGGAGUAUGAAGCCGGGCAUCCUGGGCACGAUGCCGAUGACGACAGUGGAAAUAAUGAUGAGCCUCAGGACGGGAUCCGGGGUAGUUACAACCAGCCUCCUGUCAGUAUGGCGAGGAGACUCUUGAACAUGCUCUGGGGAGCUAGAAUGCCGGUCGGAGAAGAGGACGGCGAGAGUGAAAAUACAAAUACGGAUAAUGAAAUGGCGGAGCUGCCCGGGCAGGAGAGCAGCGAGGACGAGAUGCCGGGGUCGGUAGACACGUAG